GACAAAAAUACCUCUUUUCUUACUUGCUUUAGCUACUCAAAGCCUACUGAAAAAGAAUAGCUAUGGGAGAUGCAGCAAAAGAAGUCUAUUAUGUUUUCAUGAACUAUGAUCCUCACUAUGAGCGUCUUCGAUUGGAUCGAUCGAAGAAAGGCAUUCAAGUGCUAAACAGAUAUCUGAGCAAUAAGCAUAAGCAGUUUUUAGCUAAGCUUCUGCAGCCAAACACCUACAAGAAGAAGUCCUCUUUGGCCAUUGUUGAUGGAUUUGCUGUAGAGAUAAAUCAAGAACAGGCAGAAGUUAUCAGAUCAGCAAAGGAGGUGAGAGUGGUAGACAAGAACAUGGAGCUUCCAAGUGGAGCUCAGUGAUCACUGAUCUAUUAUAUUGUUUUUGGUCAUAUGAUUAGUUGUGCUGUGCUUUAGCUAUGUUAUUAGGUCAUUUGGAGAAAUUAUUACGUGUCCGGAUGUAGUUUUUCGUCCGGACUCCAAUGAAAUGAAGCCACGUAGCUUGUACACACCUUGUGUACAACUUAUACACAACGUGUGUAUAAAUUCCUCUUAUACACUUCCUGUGUACAGGGUGUACACAAGGUGUGUAUAUGCCACAUAACUUUAUUUCAUUGCAGUCCAGACGAAAGCUGCAUUCGGACGGACUUUGCAGGUAAAAAGUAUUGGAGUGAGUCUAUGUAUUUGAAAUAAAUUAUAUUAUCUUCAAACUUAUGUAUAUUUAAUAAUGAAUU